GCCGGACGUCAGGUCGGCCGCCAGAGUGCCGAGCAGCUCGAUGCGCGGGGGUGGCUGCGGUGGAGCGGCGGACCCGCGCCCCGCCUGCCCGCGCUCCCCCCAACCUCCGGGUCCUCUAACUUCUCUGGUCAAGUCGACAGGAGCCCGCAGCACGCAGGUGGUGAACACUCAUUCUGUUGGAAAAGUAGAAGAGUACUUCUUGAAUAAAGCAAUAUGCCUCCCAAGUUCAAGCGCCAUCUAAAUGAUGAUGAUGUCACUGGUUCUGUGAAAAGUGAAAGGAGAAAUCUUUUGGAAGAUGAUUCAGAUGAAGAAGAGGACUUUUUUCUAAGGGGACCGUCUGGACCAAGAUUUGGACCUAGAAAUGACAAGAUUAAACAUGUUCAGAAUCAGGUGGAUGAAGUUAUUGAUGUCAUGCAAGAAAAUAUCACAAAGGUAAUUGAAAGAGGGGAGAGACUAGAUGAACUACAGGACAAAUCAGAAAGCUUAUCGGAUAAUGCGACUGCUUUUAGCAACAGAUCCAAACAACUUCGAAGGCAAAUGUGGUGGCGUGGAUGCAAAAUAAAAGCCAUCAUGGCUUUUGUUGCUGUCGUCCUUUUGCUAGUGAUUAUCAUUCUCAUAGUUGUGAAAUACCGUACUUGAUUGAUGCCGGAGAUCUUCACCUAACAGUCUGGGACAAUAGUGAGAGAUUGCUGCAUAAUUUAAAUGAAACUUAUGUAUAUAACUCUCAAGACUUUUUCAAGAAAGAGGCAAGUUUCACUUCAAAUUGCAGCACUGGGAAAUCCAGUUACCUUCUUCCCUUUUACAUGUGCUUUACAGAAUUUUCAAGGCAUUUAACAGCCUCUUUUGCCAUAUUCCAAGGAUCUAAUUUGAAACAAGAUACUUGCCAGUUCAUUAUUUAUGUGUAUAUUUAGACACUGAUAACCAUACUGUGAUUUAAUAUCAUAUGGACUUAUGCAUCAGGGUCAGGAAACUGAGGCUGAGUACAAUGUGCUAAAAGAGAUGCAUAACCAUUCAGCAGGUCUGCAAAGAAUCUUCUGAUAUUACAUUGCUUUGCAAGCAAUUUUCACGUGGUUGUGGGUGUAACAAAUGCUAAAUGUAAAUGUUACUGCCUUCAGCUCUCACUAAAAACAUUCCAGUAAAUCUAUUUUUGACGGUUUAUGGAAUUGUGUACUAAUUUUUUUUGCAUUUGAAUUAUGGAAACAGGAACUAAACAGUUUGGAAGGAGAACUAGAGAUAAUAAAAGUGAUUGGAGAAUGUCA